AUGGACUAUGAUAUCCCUGAGUUUGUUGUUUUCAUUCAAGAAGAUCUUCAACAAUUUGUUAAGGACAUAGGGGUUGAUAGGGUGGUGACCCCAGAACAAGAUUAUUGUGACUUAGAUCAUAGUCAUAAUAAUAAUGAUAAUAUUUGUCGCAUCAAAAGUAGAAGUGAUCCAAAUCUGAUUUUCAGAAAUGAUGCAGAAUUCUCAAGACCUUUCAAGAACAGGCAAUUGAAUUCACAGCUAGGAACAACUGUGAACAAGAAUAAGUACAAUAACAACAGAGUGAAGCAUCCAAAUCAGUGUUCUUGUCCAUACUUGUCACAAUUUACAAACACUACAACCAUACCUCCUCCUAUAAUAAUAGGUUCACAAAUUGAUGAUUUUCCUCAUCAAGAGGUUUCUUCACAUGCUCCAAGUCCUCUCUCAGUUCCAAUAUUAUCAUCAUCAACAACAACAACAACAAAUUCUGGUUCUGAACCAUCAAUGUCAUCAAUCAAUGCACCUCAUCAUCAUCAUCAAUCCAAUGACAGCAUAAGCAGUACACACUCAUUUGCAUUUCCCAUAUUACCUGCUGAAUGGAGUGGAAGCCCAGUGAGAAUGGCGGAAGGUGAGAAAAGGAAAUCAAGAUUUCGCCAAUGGUGGAAGAUAUGUGUGUUUCCUUGCUUCAAAUGCUUUUGAACUAUAAACAACAAAAGAGGAGUAUAUGAUAUUAUCCAUUACCUAUGGAUAUUUAUUUAUACAUCUUUCAUGAUUCUAGAAUAGUUAUAUAUAGGUAUACAUAUCAUAUCAAUUUAAAUUAAC